AAAAAUAGUGGGCCCGAUUCGAACCCAGUCCCCACUCAAAUUCCCUUUGACCAAUAAACCUCCAACCAAUCUAACCAUGGUUAAGCACCCAACUAUUUCCUCAAGUAAAUGAACCACACGUGUGCCGGAUGAAUGGGAGUGUCUGUGGUACAAAUCGGUCAGAAUAAAAACACAGAAAUGUCCCGCUGUUCCUAUUUCGUAUAUAACCCAUCUCUCCCCCAACAAAGCGAAAGAUAAUUUGCAGUCCUCUCUGAUUAGUAUUACUCUUUCUCUAGUUCUUGUCCCUCUUUAUUUCUUUGUGUUUUUCCUACUCGUUUUCAAAUAUAGAUACGAAACACGUAUAGAGUAAGAGAAAGAGAGAGGGUGAGAAGAAAAUGCCUGGAAGUUUGGAGCCAUUGGAUAUCGGCGUGCAGAUCCCAUACCAUUUCCGGUGCCCGAUUUCUUUAGAGCUGAUGAGUGACCCCGUCACUGUUUGUACCGGUCAAACGUACGACCGUUCCAGCAUAGAAGCGUGGGUAGCCACCGGGAAUACGACGUGUCCUGUUACCAGGGUCCCGCUCACGGAUUUCACGCUCAUUCCAAACCACACUCUUCGACGGCUUAUUCAGGAUUGGUGCGUCGCUAACCGUUCUUUCGGAAUCGAGAGGAUACCCACUCCGAAGCAACCGGCUGACCCGAUGUUGGUUCGUACUUUGUUGAAUCAAGCGUCUUCCGGAUCAGGUCCCUUUAGCUUCAGGGUUUCGGCUUUGAGAAGACUGAGAGGACUGGCGCGUGACUCGGAUAAGAACCGGUCCGUCAUUGCUGCUAAUAAUGCACGCGAGAUAUUGCUCUCGAUUGUAUUCGCGGAUGUCAGUUCAGAACCGUCCGAGUUGAAUCUCGAGUCCCUCGCGAUUUUAUCCAUGUUUACGCUCUCUGAACCUGAGUGCUUGUACGUUGCAUCUGAUGCGGACCGAGUGCGGUACUUGGUGAAUUUACUGUUUCAUUCAUCGAUCGACGUCCGAGUCAACUCGGCAGCUAUGAUUGAAAUUGUUGUGGCGGGGAUACGGUCGCCGGAGCUUCGUGUGCAGAUCAGUUCUGCCGAUGGAGUGUUCGAGGGUAUAGUCGGGAUUUUGAAUUAUCCUUUGCUUUAUUCCAGGGCGUUGAAGAUCGGAAUAAAAGCGUUGUUCGCUUUAUGUUUAGUGAAGCAACACCGGCAAAAGGCGGUAGCGGCGGGUGCGGUGGAGGCCUUGAUUGACAAGCUGGCGGAGUUCGAAAAGUGCGACGCGGAGAGAGCACUGGCAACGGUGGAGCUCCUCUGUCGGAUUCCAUCCGGUUGCGCAGCAUUUGCAUCGCACGCGCUGACAGUUCCCUUGCUGGUGAAGAUUAUAUUGAAGAUCUCGGAUCGGGCGACGGAGUACGCGGCCGGGGCACUGCUCUCACUGUGCUCGGCUUCAGAGCGAGCUCAACAGGAGGCGGUGGCGGCCGGCGUGUUGACUCAGUUGCUGCUGCUGGUUCAGAGCGAUUGCACGGAAAGAGCGAAACGUAAAGCGCAAAUGCUGCUGAAAUUGCUGCGGAACUCGUGGCCCCAUGAUUCUUUAGCCAAUUCGGAUGAUUACGCCGGAAGCGACGUCGUUCCGUUCUAGUCCUUUUGUUUCUUUUUAAAUUUUGUUCUCCACGUAAAUUAGAUCUCUAUUUUGUUGGUUAGGUAAAAUGGGAAAAAGUUGCAGUCCUAAACAGAAAAAUAGG